GGGUCCAGAGGGUGGAACAGUGAAUCUUUCAACUUGCAAGUUUUUCAAGGAAAGGGAGCGAGAGAGGGAGGGGGAAAAAGCGCCCAGAACAGAAAAGAGGAGUUUGCAGCUGAGCGGGAUCGAUCGUUUGGGAAAAUUUCAGGAGGUCCUUCCGAUCCCUUCCGUGGGCUGUGGGCAGCGGCACCAGCAGCGGCGUCCACGCUCGGCGGGUCAGACGCGGGGCGCGGCGGGCGGGCGGCUGUGCAGAGGGGCCCGAGCGCAGCAAAGUCUUUUCCGCCCGGGAGCUUCGCGUUCGCGCCCCCUCCCUCACCCCGGCCUCUCCCUGCUCCCCCCACCCCCACCCCUACCCGGCCCUCUCCGGCGCGCGCCCCGCCACCCGCGCGCACUCGCUGGCGCUCCCCCUCGCGCACACACAUGGUCGGCUCGCGGCAAAGUUUCGCCUGCGAUCGCCACUCCCGGAUCCUGCUGCAGCGUUCGAGGCGGUAACCUUGAACUUUCCCACCGCGGUGACACAUUCUCCGAGCUUUCCCCACCGCCAGGCCUCCUGCGCCCCCCUCCCCGCCUUUUUUUUUUUUUUUUUUAAAGCAUUUCAUCACCCACCACCACCCCAUACCCAUACCGAAUCCUCGAGCACCCCAAGCCCCCAACAACAACAACUGCAAAGCAGAAAACAAAUUCCCCCAAACCAGGCGACCAGCAGCCUGCACCGGCGGCGGCCUUGGGGAGCUCGGCCGGCGCGCGCGGACCGCAAGAGGGUUAAAACUGUAGAUUGGAUUUCACCCCGGGAAAUCUAGCUCGCCGAGUGAACUUGAAUCUUUGGCUAUUUAAGGAGGACUGGGUUUGUUGCGAAGUUGCGGUGAUCCAGCGCAGAGCACUGUCCUGAUUGAUCGCAUCGCUGGGCUCAGAUGACUGUAAAAUGAAUAGAUGAAAUCCUUGCUUCUCGAAGAUUUUCUUGGGCAUCUCCGGGAAAGUGCGUUUUAAGGCGAAGUCAUGAUGUAUUCUCCCAUCUGUCUCACUCAGGAUGAAUUCCACCCAUUCAUUGAGGCACUUCUUCCACACGUCCGUGCAAUCGCCUAUACUUGGUUCAACCUGCAGGCUCGAAAACGCAAGUACUUUAAAAAGCACGAGAAACGAAUGUCAAAGGAUGAAGAAAGAGCAGUCAAAGAUGAGCUGCUCAGUGAAAAGCCUGAAAUCAAACAGAAGUGGGCAUCCAGGCUCCUGGCCAAACUGCGCAAAGAUAUCCGCCAGGAGUACCGGGAGGACUUUGUGCUUACCGUGACUGGCAAGAAGCACCCAUGCUGUGUCUUAUCCAAUCCAGACCAGAAGGGUAAGAUUAGGAGGAUCGACUGCCUGCGACAGGCAGACAAAGUCUGGCGUCUGGAUCUAGUCAUGGUGAUCCUGUUCAAAGGCAUCCCUUUGGAGAGUACCGAUGGCGAGCGGCUCAUGAAGUCCCCACACUGCACAAACCCAGCACUUUGUGUCCAGCCACACCAUAUCACAGUAUCAGUUAAGGAACUUGACUUGUUUUUGGCAUACUACGUGCAGGAGCAAGAUUCUGGACAAUCAGGAAGUCCAAGCCACAGUGAUCCUGCCAAGAAUCCUCCAGGAUACCUCGAGGACAGUUUUGUUAAAUCCGGAGUCUUCAAUGUAUCAGAGCUUGUGAGAGUAUCCAGAACACCCAUAACCCAGGGAACUGGAGUCAACUUCCCAAUCGGAGAAAUCCCCAGCCAGCCAUACUAUCACGACAUGAAUUCUGGCGUGAACCUGCAGAGGUCACUGUCUUCUCCACCGAGCAGCAAAAGACCCAAAACUAUAUCCAUAGAUGAAAAUAUGGAGCCAAGUCCUACAGGAGACUUUUACCCCUCUCCAAAUUCACCAGCUGCUGGAAGUCGAACAUGGCAUGAGAGAGACCAAGAUAUGUCUUCUCCAACGACAAUGAAGAAGCCCGAGAAGCCACUGUUUAGCUCUACAUCUCCACAGGAUUCUUCCCCAAGGUUGAGCACUUUCCCCCAGCACCACCAUCCCGGAAUACCUGGAGUCGCGCACAGUGUCAUCUCAACUCGAACUCCACCUCCACCCUCGCCGCUGCCAUUUCCGACGCAAGCUAUCCUUCCUCCAGCCCCGUCAAGCUACUUUUCUCAUCCCACCAUCAGAUAUCCUCCCCACCUGAAUCCUCAGGAUACUCUGAAGAACUAUGUCCCUUCUUAUGACCCAUCCAGUCCUCAAACCAGCCAGCCUAACAGCAGUGGUCAAGUAGUAGGGAAAGUGCCUGGCCAUUUCCCUCCUGUCUUGGCACCCUCUCCCCAUCCCAGUGCAGUGCGGCCUGUGACCCUGACCAUGACAGAUACUAAACCCAUCACUACAUCCACUGAAGGUGAGGCAGCUUCACCUACAGCAACCACCUACACAGCCUCAGGCACACCUCAAGCCAAUCGAUAUGUGGGACUAAACCCAAGAGACCCAUCCUUCCUGCACCAGCAACAGCUGAGGAUUUGUGACUGGACCAUGAAUCAAAACGGCAGGCAUUUAUACCCCAGUACCAGUGAGGAUACAUUGGGAAUUACUUGGCAAAGUCCUGGUACCUGGGCUAGCUUGGUUCCUUUCCAGGUGUCAAAUAGGACACCCAUCUUACCGGCAAAUGUCCAAAAUUAUGGUUUGAACAUAAUUGGAGAACCUUUCCUUCAAGCGGAGACAAGCAACUGAGGGGAAGGAAACGCAACAAUAGUCUAAGAAAAUUAGGGGAAAAAAACACUCAAAGCAAAGGAAAAGAAGAAGACUGGAAGAAAGGGAGGAAGGAGCGGAGCUGAGGAAGAAGAUGUGAGGAAGCAUGACAGCACUUACAAUCACUAGUUCCCUUAAGGUUGACGCUCUACCGACACGAAGGGUCGAUGAUAUCUCACGAUGCUAAACUGCAGCCCCCCGCAACGUAGCCUUUGUUCAUGAAGUCCGCUGGGAAAUAGAUGUUCUGUCUCUAUGACAAUAUAUUUUAACUGACUUUCUAGAUGCCUUAAUAUUUGCAUGAUAAGCUAGUUUUCUUGGUUAGUAUUCUUGUUGUUUACGCAUGGAGUCACUAUUCCUGGUUAUCCCACCAAGGCUAGGAGGCGGCAUCAGAGGUGCUGGGGACAGAGCCAUGAGCCAGCCAUUUUAUAAGCACUCUGAUUUCUAAAAGUUAAAAAUAUAUAUAUAUAUAUAUAUAUAUAUAAAAUCUCUGUAGCCUUUAGUUAUCCGUACAGAUUUAUUAAAUUUUGGCCCUUAACCCAGCCUUUUCCAGUGUGUAACCCAGUUUGAAAUCUUAAAAAAGGAUAAAAAAAAUGAAAAAUAAGAAAAAAAAAACGGUUUGAACUCAAAGGCUCUAUGGAAGAAAUGCCUCUGUGUGGGUAAAGUGUUACCUCUGCAUGCAACAGUAAAAAUUAAUAUAAUAUUUUCCCCACAAAAGAAACACUUAACAGAGGCAAGUGCAAUUUAUAAAUUUAUAUCUAAAGGGGAAUUGUGAUUAUAAGUCCUUCAGCCCUUGGACUCUAAAUUGAGGGGAUUAAAAAGAAUUUAAAAUAAUUUUGAGCGAAUUUAUUUUCCCCUCAGUUUUUGAGGGCAUUUUAAAAAAAAAAAAAGGCAUUAAAUCAAGACAAAUCAUGUGCUUGAAUGGAAAAAAAAAAUGAAUGAAAACACAGCACUUAGGUUGGCUUAGCUGCAGCCUCCUCAGAGGUCGAAUUAUUUAUUUAAAAUUACUGGUUGCAUCAAGAACCCAUAGGGUGUACAAACGGUUCUAUAAAAUCUGCAUCGUAGAGACAAAGAGGCAGGUAAAUCCAUGUCACCAGGGUAAAGCUCCCAGCGUCCAGGCUGGGAACGAACGCCAGGGCAUAGGGGAGGGAAACACGCUCUUCAGAGAAGUGCCAUCGGGGUGCUGGCAACGUGCAUGGUGCUUUCAGACAUUAGCCUUGUUCAACCCAUCUCUCAUAUUGACAGAUCCAUAGUGUGCAUGGGCAGACACAUGUUGCCUCUAUGUCUCUUGAAAUUUUAAUUAAAAGUACUCUUUCCAGUAAUCCUAAUUUGCACGAAGAUAUAAUGUCCACAUUACGUGCCUUGCCUUGAAAUUUAAAAAAAAAACAAAAGACAAAAAAAAACCACAAAAGUGACAUCACUACACUUGUUUUGCUGCAUUUAUUAUCGUUUUAAAUCUUUACCAUUUUUAUGAUGAAAUAUUUUGUACUCCAGACGAAGAACAAUGUGUGACAUCAUGGAUUUUUUAGACAGUUACACCUUUAUCUCACGUUUAUAAAAGCAUAUCAUGGCUGUGUAUAGUUGCCGCUUCAAAGUUGUAAUCGACCAGCAAUAUUUUCAGUAUUUUGGUGUUUUUUCUAUUAACCUUUCAUGUUUUUCAUCUUCCAAUUAAUAUUUGGGGGGAGGGGUUUCAAAUUUAUACGAAUUAUGCAAUACCAAGUUUUGCCUAUGUAGGUAGUGCUUUUAGCUGUAUUGGUUAUUAUAGGUAAGUACACAGAUUUGAGAAGAAAUAAUGUACGCUUUUUUUGUUUGUUUGUUUAUUUGUUUGUUUGUUUUAAUUGACCAAAGUGGGUACUGCUAUUUUUGCAGUGUGAUGAGGUCCUUUUGUGUACUGAGAGAUGGAAAGGGGAUUUUUUUUAAUAUACAUAUAUAUAUAUAUUCUGGGGGGGUGGGUGGGAGGAUUUUUAACACUUUACAGUGUGGCUGUGAAGCAGGACACCCUGAGAUGGGCCUGGGCUGCAAAGCAACUGUUCUGCCUACUGUGACAAACUUCAGCUUACACAGGUCCCCCCCCCCCACCGCGUUCCCACCUGGGGUGCAAGCUGAACUCAUUUCUGAUUUUCAAGCUAAGAAAAUGGGAAGAAAAAGCAAGCACAGUGAAGCCUCCUAGGGGCAGACGUCGAACUGCCCUGUCUUGUUUUAGUUGUGGUGGAUAGUUUUUCCUGAAAGUUCCGAAUCCACAGUGGAAAGUGAGCCUGUCUCAUAUUUGGCAGAGACGUUUCUUGAAGUGCCCACGUAGCAGAUGUUGGCUGUUUCACACCUCUGAGUUUAACACGGGAAUAAGCUUCCUUCUACCAAACACACUCGCCCAUCUGGAGGGAGGGCUCCCCCAUCCUUCCCUGCCCCGUGUCAUUUUAUCAAUGGUAGGAGAUGAUGAAUGUUCCUGUGACUUAGGACUUCGAGCGGAUGGCAGUGCACUUGGGAGUUUGUUCUCUGACAUCCGGAAGGUUGGCUAGAGAGAGGGUGACUCUUAUUGAAUGUAUUUGGACUGAUAGAUUAAAAUCAAAGUUCAGUUUUUAAAGAACAAAAACAAGUAAACCCUUUUCUUUUACCUGCUCUUAUAAACUGAAAACUGGAGCAGAGAGAAAUAUAGACUUUUAAGCAACUAAUUUUCCUGUGGAUGAAUUAAACCUGUUUGAUAACAAUGGGAGGGGCUUCUUUUUAAGGGAUGGUACUUCAAAUAGAUAUGUAUUUGAGUUAGUUUCCCCUGAGGGCUGGAGGUGAAUGAAGGCCAAUUGUAUUUUGUCUUCCCCAACCUGGUCCUAUUGAGUGUAUCCAUUACUCCAAGAAAGAUCUUUCAGAAUUAGUGACAUACACAGUAGAUUGUCGUGAGGCUCUCCUGCCCCCAGCCCCCAUGCCAUGGCCUAAUAAACUGUCAACUGUACGCAUAGCAGAUCAUUUACUAGCGAGUACUGUAAAACGGUGCUCAUAGGCCUGAGCACUGUCUCUGACUAGUCCAUUCGGUUUGAUGUCGAAAUGCUGGAUAGCACAGUGGGCCAAGGAAGCCCCACUGCUUCUGUGAUACUUGCUCUGCAGAUAGCAAAUCCUCCCAGCCAAGCUCUUUAUGUGUUUCUGACCUAUUUGGUGGAGAACGCAACCUUACAGGACACAGUAUUCUUUCCAGGCAGACUCCUCUUCCCGUGGCCAGUGAUUGAACAAUUCUUGCUAAACGACAUGGCACACUGUGGCAUCCCUGCCUGCCUCUUGGGUACAGAGGCCUAGAGCAAGUGUUCCUUCUUUUCCUAAAUAAUUUUUCUUCUUUUUCCUUUUGAGAUAAACUUAUUAAAAAGCACUACUAUAGAUAAUCUCAAGUCCACUUUUAGCCUCCUAUUUUUUUUUUUUUUUUUUUUUAGAAAAAACCCAGGAAGUAUAUUCUGACGAAGGGCCCCAUUUUUGCAGGUCUUGCACGCCCCUUCCUUACCCAGACUGCAGAGCUUCAGGAUGGUGAAGGUCACCCAAGGGCAUCUGUAGGGGGUGGUGUCUCCAGCCUUUGUCCUUCGCUUUGCAGCCCACCACUCACAGUGCCUCUGAAGUGUGUUUCCCCAGAGUGACGUGAGCAGUCAAGGCUUGCCUAAGGAAAAAAACCUGAGAGGCAGUGAAGGAGACUGUACAUAAAGACAUGGCAAAACCUUAAUUAUAGCAAUAUAGUUAUCGGGUAAUGUUCGGGUGGGCAGCUCCACUAACAAGGACGUGACUGAAUCUGUGACGCUGUGAGCGGCGAGAAGAGCGAGGUCUUCGUAACGAACCGCCUACCUUGUAGACAGUAAUUUGUACACUGUAUAGUUUUGUUAAGAAUUUUUUUUUAAAUUAAAAUUCCCAUGUUUGUAAAGCUAACUUUUUAACAAUUAUAAUGGAACUGUGUGUUGUUUCCAUUUUUAAAGUAAGCAAGAAUAUUCCUUGUUUAGAGACUGGACUUGAGUUAAAACUCUCCAGGCUCUUAAGUUAUGUAUUAAAAAAAAAAAUCUGUCCAUGUUAGGAAAUGUUUCACAGAUUCCUGUGCUUGAAAAGCAUAGGACACUAAUCCUUUUAAAAGAAAAGUGUAAAUGGAGAAAAGUUAUAUUUUAUGAAGGUUAUUUUGUUGUAUUUAGUAUUGGAAAAGUUGGUUUUCAGAGCAUUUCAGAAUGUCGGAAGCACCGCGCUCCUUUGUUAGUAUAUAAGGCCUUUAGCAAACUUUUUUUUGUGUGAUUAUUCCAUGAUGGUAUUUAAGGUUAAGUUUCACAGAGCAUUCAGGAUAGGCAGAAACAAAAAAAAAAAAAAAGCAAAAAAACAAAAACAAAAAAAAAACCCUAGUGCUAUGUCUCACAUAAUGUGUCCUCAGGGAGCAGAAUCUUGGAUUUGUCACUUGUAGCUUCGUAAGGACUCAACGGAAGAGAUUGCGCGGGAACAUCUCAGCCGCAAAGCAGGGCAUGCUCUCUACCUAGAUGCAGAUUCUGUGACUGUGUGAAACAAUGAAGGCUGCAGAAAGUUACCCAAUCAGCGGACAGUAUUCACUCUCCAUGUAACAAGCCGACAGUCUUGCCGGCAGAUAGGCCCCACGCAUGACACUCAGUAUAGUUUACAUGCUCCUGCCAAGGUCUUCGGUUAACAUUAACCAGCUGCAUGCUUCCUGGACUUUAAAGAAUUGGAGUUUCUAUAUUUAAAAAAAAAUUGUUUUUUAAUGUGCAGGCUCUUCAAGUUCAAUAGUAAAAACUCAAAAUUGAAUGUUUUUACAUGCUGAAGGAG